CAUUAAAAAAGGCAUAAUCUAUGUUGAAGCAACAGAUGAUAUUGAGAAGUUUGGUGAAAAUUUCGCAAAGGCAAUUAAUUAUCCUAAACUUGAUGUUAAUCUUGUCGAAUGGCUGGCGAAUCAAUUAAGUGGUCCUUUCACGCAUAAAUUACUUUGGCAGAAAGUUUUAUCAAGGUUCGAGGAAUUUGCUUCGAAAGUGGGGAAGAAAUAUUCCAUUCAUCCAGUACUUAUAAUUGAUGACAUUGCUAAAAUCGCAAAAAAUGAUCCUAAAGUGGUUGAAAGACUCCAAAAUGUUGCUAAAUCUGCAGCUGAUCAUGGUCUCUUUACUGUGGUAUUCGUAGCGAGUGAUGCAAAUUUAAUCGACAAUUUCACAAGUA